GAAUAGUUGCCGAAUAUUCGUGGCAUCUCUAGUUUCUGGUCUUUAGGGCUUGUUUGUGUAACAGUUGAUGGAACAGGAGAUAUAUUAUAAUAAGUGUUGUUACAAUAAAUAAUUUAUAAGUGAAGUUGUGAGUGCCAUUCAUUAUACCUACAAACACAACAGAUUGGCGACGAGGAUAAAAAGAAUCUACAAAUUCGAUAAUACAAUGGUCAUGGCAAAUAGGGUAUCACAUAGGUUGCUUUUGAGGAAGUUGAGUUGUUUUGGUAUUUCACCGAAUAUGGUGAUUUUGUUGAAAUCAUUCCUUAAUAACAGGCAAUUAUAUGUAGAAUUCAGAGGUGUCAAAUCAUCUCACUUUGUAUCACGAUCAGGGGUACCCCAGGGUUCUAAUUUGGGGCCCCUAUUGUUUAUCAUUUUUAUUGACGACGUAUGCACUCGAUUGAACGCGGAAAAACUUCUUUUUGCGAAUGAUCUAAAGAUUUCAGAGUAAUUUAUGAUAUCUCAGAUUUUUAUAAUUUGCAGGAAGACAUUAGACGAUUGCAUGAAUGGUGCACUGAAAAUGAACUGCCUCUUAACCCUUCAAAGGCUACCGUGACCAUAUGGUCACACCUACAGCGCUGCACAAAAUCAGCUGACAUAUGUACGUAUAUCUUAGUAUACGUGAGGAAGCGAUGAUAUUUAUUCAGUUGACUUAGGAACUUUGUAGUGUGAACGUGUCGCAUUGUUAUUCCACUGAUUUCUCAUUCGUAAUAGAGGUGAACUGCCGUGUUUGUUAGGUAUUCGCAAUAAAAUGGAUCCCAAAUUUGUGCGAGGUUUCUCUCUCAAAGAAGCCUUAGAUAUAGUAUAUAACGACGAAGAAGAUAGCAAUGGUGUGUGUGACAUUUACAUAUCACCGCCGGAACCAAAUGUACUGACAGAUGAAGAUUCGGGUGAUGAAGAAGGCGGGGAAAUGGAUAAUUUAUCACGUGGCCAAUUAUCAACUGCAGCAGAAAUCCGACUUUCUGACAAUUCGCGCAUAACUGGCUUCGAAGAUGUUUCAAAUGAAGAAGGCAGUGAAGGAGACAAUAGUUUAUUAGAAAGUGAAGUUAGUCAGAUUGAAAAAUGUGGUCCAAGCACUAGUUCAAACAAGAGCACCAAAAAGACGAAUUCAACGAAGAAGCCGCAGAAGAAAGUGAAAGAAACACUCAAAAGAACUUGGAUCGAGGGCGAUCUUCUAAAAACGACAGCAGUAUUUCCACAGCCAGACUAUACCAAUUUUAUAGGAAAAUCCCCAACAGAUUUAUUUGAAUUGUUUUUCGACGACGACAUUGUUCGUAUGUUAGUAGAAGAAUCAAAUAAAUAUGCGCUCUUCCUAAACCAUCCAGAUCCGAAAAUAGAAUCUGAUGAAAUGAAGUGUUUCAUCGGUAUACUUAUUUUGACCGGGUAUAACUCUCUUCCCGGAAAAUGUUUUUACUGGGAUUCAGAAUCGGACAUGGGAAAUCAAUUAGUAAAGGAAGCAAUGCGUAGGGACAGAUUUCGACAGAUAAUGCGUUUUUUACAUUGUGCCGAUAAUACCAAACCCAAUUACAAAGACAAAAUGUGGAAACUUAGGCCGCUCAUUGAAAAACUUCAAAAAAAUUAUUUGAAAUAUUUUAAGCCGACAGAAAAUAUGAGUUACGACGAAUGUAUGGUGAAAUACUAUGGCAGACACAGCUGCAAACAGUUUAUUCGCGGAAAACCGAUAAGAUUUGGCUAUAAAGUAUGGAGUUUGAAUGCCGAAAACGGCUACCUAAUCAACUUCGAUAUAUAUCAGGGAAGUAAUCCGAAGUCGGUUACUGAAUAUGACAAUAAAUUUGGAAAAGCUACUUCUCCAUUACUAAUAAUGCUAGACUCCUUGCCAGAUAGAAAUCUUCGUUAUCAAAUUUAUACAGACAAUUUGUUUACGAGUUUCAAUCUUUUGACGGAGCUAAAGCAAAGAGGCUAUGGAGUUACAGGAACCGUUAGAGAAAAUAGGGUUCCAAAGGACUGCCCAAUAACUUCUAAAUUAGACAUGAAGAAAAAAAAAAGAGGUUCUAUCGAGUCUAAAAUUUCAAAAGAUGAAGGUGUGAUACUAGUGCGUUGGACUGACAAUGCCCCUGUUACCAUGGCUUCAACUUCUUAUGGAAUUGAACCCACUUCUUUGGUGAAAAGAUAUUCACAGUCCGAGAAGAAAAUUAUUCAAAUUCCCCAGCCACGUCUUAUAAAUGCCUAUAAUAAAUAUAUGGGUGGGACAGAUCGGAUGGACGAAGAUAUUGCGCGCCAUAGAAUAGGUAUCAGAAGUAAGAAAUGGUAUUGGCCGUUACUUACUUGGCUUAUAGAUACCGCAUUACACAAUGCAUGGAUACAGUAUAAAAGUGCAGGUAAUUCAAUUACUAAUCUGAAUUUCAGAAGAGAAAUUGUAAAGGUAUACCUAAAUAGGUUUAAAACUGCCCCAAAAAGAUAUGGAAGACCAACAACGAGUAGAAAUAGUGUCUCCAUGAAUAGGAUUUCGGAUGAUAUCAGGUAUGACCAUAAGGACCACUUAGUUGUUCCAGUUCCAAAUAACAAGAGGAGAAGAUGUGCCGGAGAAGGAUGCUCCUCUGUUGGUCGAACACAGUGCAAUAAAUGUGAUUUGGGACUAUGUGUGGAAUGUUUUUAUAUAUUUCACAUUAAAUAAUUUGUUCGACAUUUCUGUAUUCAUAUUGGGCUAGUGUGACCAUAUGGUUACGCCAUUUUUUUGAGAAAAAUAAAGGAAAAAAAUGCAUAAUUCUUAUUCUACCCAACACUGAUAAAUGGAAUUCACUCAAUAGAAUCGCUAAAUUUGCUCUCUUGAAAAAAUAAUAAUUCCGCCUUUGAAGGGUUAAUAUCG